AUGGCGCAAUAUUUCUUUGAUCUUCUCUACAACUUCACCGAUUGCAUGUGCUGUUUUCCCAGCACGCUGCAAUUAAAGAUCAACAAUCGUAGCUUCAAAUUGCUCCGACUCCUCGGUGAAGGUGGUUUCUCCUAUGUCUACCUCGUUCAAGACAAAUCGACCUCGGAACUGUUUGCGCUGAAGAAGAUCCGGUGUCCCUUCGGUCAGGAGUCCGUUUCACAGGCGUUGAAGGAAGUGGAGGCCUACAAUCUGUUCACCACGCAGAACAACAUCAUUCAUUCCAUUGACCAUUGUGUAUCCACCGAAUCCGGGUCGAAAUUCCGCGCCGAUGGCGGCGAUGCAGGGUCGAAGACGGUCUACAUCCUCCUACCAUACUACCAACGGGGCAACCUCCAAGAUGCCAUCAAUGCGAACCUCGUCAACCAUUCCCGCUUCCCGGAGAAGCGUUUGAUGGUGCUAAUGCUCGGAGUUGCCAAUGCGCUCCGAGCGAUGCACCUGUACCGUGUGAAAAGUGGUACGGGUCCUACACGCAAGGCUAAAGCUGUGAGGAGAGAGGGUGCAGAGGCAGACGCGGACACAGCUAUGCGGAUGCCGAAACCGAAGCGACGCACCAGCCAGAAUGUGGAUGAAGAAGAGGAGAAUGAGCCAUUGAUGGAUGAUGAGGUCACAAUAAGUCAGGAGGGCGUGCAAGACGGCGAUCUUCGCCCGUAUGCCCACCGGGAUAUUAAGCCCGCGCCCAGCCCCAUUGCCAUCACCUCCCGGUCGCUCGCCCUGGCCGUCCAAGACACCGCUGCGGAACACAGCACGAUGCCGUAUCGGGCACCCGAACUCUUCGAUGUCAAGACGGGUUCGAUCAUCGACACAAAGGUGGAUAUCUGGUCAUUAGGAUGUACGCUCUACGCCUGUCUAGUGGGCAAGAGCCCCUUUGAAGCCCGCAGCGAAGAGACAGGUGGCAGCUUGAGCAUGUGUGUGUUGGGUGGUGAUUGGCGGUUCCCCGACGAGAAAUCGAGUGCUACCAAGGGCAAGGGCAAGGCCGGUGGCGAUGAUAGCCGCAAAGAUAAUACGAUGCAGAUCAGUGCGCCCGUAAAGGAGGUGGUCCGCAAGUGCCUGCAGGUGGAGCCUGCAGACCGGCCUGAUAUUGAUGAGCUGAUUCAAAUCCUGAAGGACGUUAUCAAGGACCUUCCCGAGGAGGAUGACAUUGCCAGCCUCGAUCGGACUGCUAUUCCGGGCACCGUGACGCUGGUGGACUUGGAGCAUGUCCUUGCCACCCGUCAUGCGGAUCGCGGCGACAGUGACAUCGUUCUCAUUCCGGAACCGUCCAAUGAUCCCGAUGAUCCCUUGAAUUGGGCCCCCUGGAGGAAGACCUUGUCUACCAUCUGUCUAUCCGAAGCAACAGGUGUCUCGGUUGAUACUCUCAAUCAGGGAACCGGGUAUAUGUUUUUGUUCGCUGGAUGGGGGCUUUUGUUUUGGCAGCCACUGGCGCUGCAGUAUGGCAAGCGUCUGACAUACAUCCUUUCUUUGGUUGGCAUUCUGGGCACCUCAGUGUGGGGUCCCUAUAUCCACACCAACGGCCAGUGGAUUGCGCGCAGUAUCCUUUCGGGGUUCUUCACGGCUCCCAUUGAAGCUCUCCCAGAAGUAACCGUGACUGAUGUGUACUUCACCCAUGAGCGGGGAACAUACAUGGCGUUAUAUGCAUUCUUCCUUGCAGGCAGCAACUACUUUGCACCAGUCAUCUGCGGCUUCAUCGCCGAGUACCAAGGCUGGCAAUGGGUGUUCUACUGGCCCAGCAUUUUCUGCGCCUUUGCAAUUGUCUUCUUGUUUUUCUUCAUGGAAGAGACGAACUACGUGCGCGAGAAGGCGCCAGUCGCGGAGGUCACUUCGACGGAAGCUUCUUCGCGCACGUCCGAGCAGGGCGACAAGGAGAAACGUCCUGCUGAUGUGGCACAACAGAGUGACACAGAAUGCGGGGUGAUGUAUCAGAGGAAGACGUAUCUGCAGAAACUCUCGCUUGUAGGGCCCAGGCUGCCGAGGAACAAUAUGUUCCGGCGGUUCUACCACACAUUGUACUAUCUGAGCUGGCCGGUGGUAUUCUACGCGGGAUUCUCGUACGGAUCAUACCUUAUAUGGUUCAAUGUGUUGAACGGAACAGCUUCUAUUAUUUUGGGCGGCGCGCCUUAUAAUUUCAGCUCUGCAAUGGUCGGACUCAGCUAUGUAUCCUGCAUUCUGGGUACAUUACUAGCCUCUCUCUUCACCGGCCGCUUCAGCGACUGGCUCACGGUCCGACUCGCGCGACGCAACAACGGAGUCAUGGAAGCCGAACAGCGCCUGUGGCCCUUUGCCAUCUGCCUUAUCCUCGUGCCAGGAUCUCUCUUGCUCUGGGGCGUGGGAGCGGCGCACCAAGUGCAUUGGUUCGGACUGAUCGUAGCGAUGUGUCUGCUGGCGUUGGCGAACACGUGCGGCAUCACGCUGAGCGUCAACUACCUGGUCGACAGCUACCGGGAGCUGAGCGGGGAUGCGAUGGCGAGUGUGAUAUUGGUUCGGAACACCAUGUCGUUCGCCAUGGGCUAUGGAAUAACACCGUGGGUAAACCACCUCGGAUACCAGAACUGUUUUAUAUCCGCUGCAUUCGUGGGCAUGGUAUGCGCAGCAGUGUUCCUGGUGAUGAUCAAAUGGGGGAAGACGUUUCGAAUGCAGAGUCGCGAGAAGUAUUGGAGAAUCGUGGAGGAGAAUUGGACGAGGGGAAUGGGCCAUUAG